CCUCAUUUCAAACUCAACUGAGUUCCAUUGCUCUGAAUCCCUUCUCAAACACCGACACCCAAACACGCCACUCCAAGUAGUCAUGGACAUGAUGAGAUCAUCAGGAGAAGCAUCAAAGGAAAGACUAUCAAGCAGAAGAGUGGGCAGGUUUCUCAAGGAACAGAAAGGAAGGCUCUACAUACUGCGAAGAUGUGUGCUCAUGCUUCUUUGCUGGCAAGACUGAUCGUCGACCUCGACCUCGAGUUUGAAUUUUGAAAUAAUUAUUUAGGUAUUUUUAUAGGUUUUUUUUUUUUUUUAAUAAUCUUUCAUCCUAAGUGGGAGUUUCGCCGUUAUUUUGAUUUUUCACCAAUGUAAAUAGCAGAGGGAAAGAUUAUUAAUUAAUUUCCCUAA